AUGCGGCAGAAACGAGCCAAGGCGUACCGCAAGCUCAUGUCUCUCUACUCCCUGUCCUUUGGCUUCCGACAACCCUACCAAGUGCUCAUCGACUCGCACAUGUGCACGGAGGCCAUCUCCCACAAAAUUGAGCUUCUGAAGCAACUCAGCGUAGUCCUACAGGGUGCCAUCAAGCCCAUGAUCACCCAGUGCUGCAUCCAUGAGCUAUACUUGCAGGGGAAGGACGCGCAACCCGUGGUGGACCUUGCCAAGGAGUUUGAGCGACGGAAGUGCAACCACCGCGAGGCCAUCCCGGGUGACGAGUGUGUCGCGAGCGUCGUUGGCGAGACGAACAAGCACCGGUAUGUCAUCGCGACACAGUCGCAGGAGCUCCGUCAAAAACUACGAGCCAUCCCGGGGGUGCCCGUCGUACACAUGAACCGUUCGGUGAUGAUUCUGGAACCACCAAGCGAUGCGACUCUCCGAGUAAAAGCCCUGGCAGAAGAAAAGGCUCUGCAUCCCUCUGCACCAGAAGCGGCUACGCUUCCAGCGACGGCACCUGAGGAACGUCCCAAGAAAAAGAAGGGCCCGAAGGGCCCUAAUCCUCUCAGUGUGAAGAGGAAAAAGGCGGAGCCAAGCGCGACA